CUCUCUCUGUCUCUUCACUCAAUCUUGGAUGGUCGAAGGUCUUCAUUACCUACUGGCCUGACAUCCACUGAUUCAGGACUAUAAGGCAUCAACAGAAUGUUUUAGUGAAAGUAUCAUGUUGGGUUCGCGAUAAGCGCGGCCAUUGCUCCACAGACAAACCGGACGCCACGCUAACCAGAAACUCAACAGCAGCACUGGGCUUCUUCCAUUCCAUCAUCAUGACUCCUGUGAACUGAUAACCCAAUUUCUCUUUUCUUACUCCGGUCCCCUCCCAAUCAUCUCAUCCUAAACCCCUUCCUUUCAAUGUCUAUCACCGCUAUACCCCCAGUCAUUGAUCCAAUGAUCCCUGAAACCUUUUCCUAUGGGACCAACCAUGUCCUCCAAACCGUGACAGUGACCACCUUAUCGGCUCUCCCCGACAAAGGCUACUGGGUGAUCUGCAUCCACGGCGGCGCCUGGCGCGACCCCACGCAAGCGGCCCUGAACUACCUGACGCCGGCGGUCUCCAUCCUCGCGGCCUCGGAGCCCUACGCCUCGACGACGCACGCCCACCUCGCCGGCUUCGCCUCCAUCAACUACCGCCUGAGCCCGCACCCGGCCCACCCGCAGGACCGCAACAGCACCACCCCCACGGAAUACCGCGCCGCGCGCCACCCGGACCACAUCGCCGACGUGCAGGCCGCGCUGGCCUUCCUGCAGCGCAAGUACGGCUUCGGGGACCGCUACAUCCUCGUCGGGCACAGCUGCGGCGCCACGCUGGCGUUUCAGUCGGUUAUGGGCUCGUUCCGCGGUAACCAGACCACCACUUCCAAUAAUGGGCUGGUGGAUGGGGAUGGGCAUGGUGAUGGGCAUGGUAGGGAUGGUGCGGUAGGCGGGAGUGGAGGGAUCGGGCUCGGGCUCGGGCUCGGGCUCGGCGGCGGGUCGGUGGCGAUGGGGCCCCAGGCGAUUUUGGGGACGGCGGGCAUCUAUGAUCUGCGGGCGUUGCGGGAUGAUCAUGUGCAGAUCGCGGCGUACCAGCAGAUCAUUGAGGGGGCGUUUGGAGAAGAGGAGGCGCUGUGGGAUGCCGUGUCGCCGGCGGCGGUGAGGGAUGAGCGGAAUGGUGUGGUGGGUGGGUGGACGGCCGGCCGGUUGGCGGUGCUGGCGCAUUCGCCGGAGGAUGAGCUGGUCAAUGCGCGCCAGCACGAGGUAAUGAGCGAGGCUUUGAAGCCUUGGGUUGAGGCGACGGCGUCUUCUUCGUCUCAAGGCGGCAGCAGCAGCAGGAGGAAGGUCGAACUGCUUCCCAUCAAGGGGGCGCAUGACGACUGUUGGGACAAGGGGAUCGAGCUGGCGCGGGCCAUUGCCUUCACGCUGGACAAGCUGCUGGAGUUGCAGGAGUGAAAGAGAGAGACAUUUGAGAAUGGUUUAUUGUACUGUAUAUACGGAGCUUCAUACACGACUUAUAGACUCACGUGAAAAUGCAUUGACGGCC